CUUCGGUAGAAGUGUAACCAUUCAAGCUCUAAGCCUCAAUCUUGGUUCUUUUUAUGUUUCUUGGAUUCACAGUAUGGUAGAUGCUUAGAAGUUCUUCAAAUUAUUUCCGGAAUAUUGUGUGAAUUUGGGAAUGUGUAUAAGGAAUCCUUGAAAACUGCAUUGAGAUGGGGGCAGAGAGACAUGGCUCCAAGAGAGGGGGAGGAGUAGGAGGAGGUUAUGUUGGUGGUUUCCUUCAGCUAUUUGACUGGAAUGCAAAAUCAAGAAAGAAGUUGUUUUCUAGCAAAUCUGAUUCACCUGAGCAUUCCAAAAUGAAAAAGAGAUGCGACGGGAAUUUGCCAAUGACUCGAUAUCAUCUGGUUGAGGAGGAUGAGAUGAACACUAACACACGCUUCAAAGGAAGCGGCAGUUAUAGCUAUGCAUCAUCAAUGACAGAUGAUGAAGAGUUUAGUGUGAAGCCCCCGGGGGUGGUGGCGAGGCUUAUGGGCUUGGAUCCAUUGCCCCCAUCAUCAUCAUCACACUUGUCGCAGUUCUACUCAAGCACUCCAUUUUCUGAGCCAUGUUGGGGCUCAAAGAACCAGAAGGCGAUCGCGACACCAAUUCACAAGUUCCAAACUGAGAUCUUGCCUCCCAAAUCUGCCAAGUCAAUACCAAUCACUCACCACAAGCUUCUCUCGCCUAUCAAGAGUGCAUCUUCCAUCCUGCCCGAGAAUGCUGCCCAAAUCAUGGAAGCAGCAGCUAGAAUUAUCGAGCCCAACGUGACAACCAGACCAAAAAUGCCAUCUUUGGGUGGUUCUUGUUUGGCUCCCUUGAAGGUGAGAGACCUUAAGGUGAAAGUCGAGUCGGCUUCUAGAAGGGUUAGUGGAACCAAUACCACGAAAUGUGUCAACAGAAGUGCAUCAAAGGAGAGGGUUGUGGUUACUUCAGGGUCAGAAGAAAGUUAUGGUGGGAUGAAAUCUAAAGGGAAGUCAAUUUCUUUAGCACUACAAGCAAAGGAGAAUGUGCUAAAGAGGGAGGGAUUGAAUAAUGUUUCUAGCGCGAAAGAACCAAGCGGUCUAUAUUCAAAGCAGAUCAUGCAAAGAAAUAACAUUCAAAAGAAACCAUCAUCUGCAGUUAGUGUUCUUAGGCAGAACAAUCAAAAGCAGAAUUGCUCAUCUGAUAGAGGAAAGCCAUCUUCAAAGCCACAAGGAAAGAGAGCACUCACCAGAGAUUCUUCUUUUUCUCAGCAUAAAAAUUCAACAAUGAAAAAAAGUGCUGAAAGCUCUAAUAAAAUCAGUUCAAGGGGGUUGAGCUUGGAAAUGAGCACAAACAAAAAUGAAGAAAUAUAUUCCAGUAACAAAAACACGACGCGGAAGAAACAUCGGUCUACAGAUGGCGAUUUCUCGUCUGGGAAAAAGCAUUCGACUUCGGGCAAUAGGAGUGAAGAACUCUUUCAAUCUUGUGGAUUGAUGGAUAGGGAAGGGACAAACAUAGUUUCUUUUACAUUCAAAGCUCCCUUAACACAGAGAAUCAGUAGCUUGAAGUCACCCUUAUUAGCUCAUGAUGGCAUAGGAGGAAGAGAUUUAAGCUAUCUUUUGGAGCAAAAGCUUAGAGAACUUACUGAGAAAGUGGAACCUUCUUGCCAAACAUCAACCAUUUUGCAUGAUGAUCCCAUGCAAAUUGACCAUCUCCCGGUUAGCCAACAUCACUUCGUCUUUUCUUCAACAGAUUCCAUGGAAAUGACAGUGAAACACAAACGACAGGCAGUCGAAGGAACGUGCCAUUAUACAAAAAAGUUGUGUGAUCGACGAUUCCCAAGCCCCAUAUCUGUUCUUGAGAAUUCUAUUUAUUCUACAGAAAGUUGCAAUUGUUCAGAUAUGGAGAGUAAUACUACACCGAGCAGUAAGCAAAGUUCAUCAAAUCACGCUCAAGAAAUUGUUGGCAUUACCUCAUUGAACAGGCUGCUCCAUUCCAGGGAAGCUGAUUCUGAGCUGCUGGACUCAGCUUCUUCAAGAACUUCAUAUUUCACCGAAGAUCGAAAAGCCCACUUCGGAAAAUCACCAUCCGAAUGGGAGCUAGAAUAUGUGAAGGAGAUUCUUGGCAGUACAAAUCUUGACUUGAUGAUGAUGAUGCUCAAUGCUUUCUCAGUAAAGCCACAUCUUUAUGACCUGCUGGAGUGCAGAAAAGUGAUGGAUGGCCAUGGACAUGACCUAAGACUAGAACGAAAGGUUCUAUUCGAUUGCGUUAGCGAAUGCUUGGAGUCAAUGUGCGCGAAAUACGGGGGAGGCUGUGGGUAUGAGAUGUGGGCAAAGGGUACAUUGGUAAUUGGACGAAAGGACCGUCUUGCAGAACAAGUGUACAGUGAGAUACUGAGGUGGAGUGGGCUUAGAGACUCCAUGGUUGAUGAGCUUGUGGACAUGGACAUGAGCAAUGGCUCUGGGAAAUGGUUGGACUUUGAAACCGAAGAGUUUGAGCUUGGAUUGCAGCUAGAGAAUGGUUUGAUUGAUUCUUUACUUGAUGAAGUGGUUAAGGACAUGUUAAUUGUUCUUUGAAACUGAUGGCAUUUGAAUUUGGGAUUUUCAAGAUAGAGGAAAUUCUUUACUCUUAGUUUGCAGUGACACUAGCUUUUGAUCAUAU